GCCACAGUUUCUGGUCUCACUGAAGGACAAGACUACGAAUUCCGCAUCAUUGCAGUCAACAAUGUCGGCCCCAGUGAGCCUUCUUUGCCGUCAGAUGUCGUCACUGCAAAAGCGAGAUAUCUGGCCCCGAAAAUUUUGACGCCGUUAAAUGACAUCAAAAUCCGCGCCGGACAAACCCUUCACAUCGAAGUUCAGUUCGAAGGCGAACCCGCUCCUACUGUAACAUGGACCAGAGACGGAUCUGCGCUGAAAACUGACACGAAGCGCUCCACAGUUUCCGCAAUUGGACAUCACACAAUCAUUCAUACUGUGAAUGCCAUUCGUGGUGAUUCCGGGGUAUAUUUGCUAACCAUCGAAAAUGAAUCUGGAAAAGAUUCCGGAUCCCUAAACGUUUGCGUUCUGGACAAACCUGCGCCACCGGAAGGACCACUGAAUGUGGAUGACAUUUGCGCGAAUAGCGUUCAGUUGUCAUGGAAGAAACCGAAAGACGACGGCGGAAGUCCCAUUAGUAAUUACCUGAUCGAAAAACGGGAUUUGACCCACGGAGGUGGAUGGGUACCAGCUGUCAACUACGUGGAUUCGAAAACUACUUCCGCAAAUGUUCCUCGUCUCGCCGAAGGUACCAAGUAUGAAUUCAGGGUUCGUGCAGUGAAUAUCAUAGGUCAAUCCGAACCCCUGGAAACCAGCUCUCCGGUCAUCGCAAAGAAUCAAUACGGUGUUCCUGGAAAGCCUGGUCGCCCAGACUGCGUGGAAUCUGACAAAGAUUUCAUCAGGAUCAAGUGGAGCCCGCCUUCAAACAACGGCGGGUCUCCGAUUCAAGGCUACGACGUCGAGCGUCGCGACGUCCUGUCGGGACGUUGGAAAAAGAUCAAUCGCGACACCGUCCGAGGAAACGAUUUCGUGGAUGAUCACGUCAAGGAAAAUCAUCAGUACGAAUACCGAGUCUGCGCAAUUAAUGCUGCCGGUCCCGGAACUCCGAGCGAAGCGUCGCAUCCGUUCUACGCUCGUCCGUUGAAACAAAAACCGAUGUUCGACCUCAGUGGAUUGGCUGGAAGAAAGAUCAAAAUCAAAGUUGGUGAUCCUCUCAAGAUUGAGGUUCCAUUCAGUGGCGCCCCGACACCAACCAUCGACUGGUACAAAGGAAGCAAGCGAAUCGACUCACACCCACGAUGCCAGCUCGAGACGAAGAAUGGAAUCACGUCAUUGUUUGUGCCGAGUGCGAAACGCGAUGAUUCCGGAAGCUACGAUUUGAAAGCAAAGAAUGAACACGGUGAUGCCAAAGCGGACUUCACGGUUAUUGUGGUUGACAAACCAGGAGCACCUCAGGGUCCAGUCACCUUCACUGGCGUCAAUAUUGAUUCAGUGACUCUCAACUGGAAACCACCUACUGAUGAUGGCGGUGGGGAGAUCACAAAUUAUUUGAUCGAAAGGUGCGAGUAUGGAUCCGAUAGUUGGAGAUCAGUGCCCGGGUUCUGCCCGUCGACCUCGUUCACAGUUCGAGGCCUGGACGCCAAUAAGAAGUACAACUUCAGGAUCAGAGCAGAAAGCAUUUAUGGAGCCAGUGACCCGUUGGACUCGUCGCCAGUAAUUGCCAAAAGUCCGUUCGAUCCACCAGGUCCACCAGGGAAACCCACGAUUACAUCAUACAGUCCGAGUUCAUGCAAUCUCACGUGGACUCCGCCUUCAGAAAUCGGUGGUCGACCGGUUACAGGCUAUCUUGUGGAGAAACGCGAACGUGGAGGAAGCUGGUCGAAAGCCAACAGCUAUCCGACUGCGAACACUUCAUUCUCUGUUACUGGACUCAUUGAAGGAAAUAAAUACGAGUUCCGCGUUUUGGCAGUUAACGAGGCUGGACCUGGUACACCUUCAGAACCAACGGAUCCCAUCGUCGCUAAAACUCAGAAGUUCGUUCCUGAAGCACCAGAUGCACCGAGACCAGAGAGAAUCGGUAAAGAUUACGUACUGCUGGGAUGGAAAGCACCGACCAGUGAUGGUGGUUCAAGAAUCCGCGGUUAUUUGGUAGAAAAGAAACCCAAGAACAGCGCCGAUUGGGAGCCAGUGAAUCUGGAUCCCACACCCGACGUUUUCUUCAAGGUGCCAAACCUCACUGAGGGAGAAGAAUAUCAAUUCCGCAUCAAGGCUGUGAACGAUGUCGGAGCAUCUUUGCCGAGUCGACCUUCCGGAAAUAUCGUGGUGAAAGAACAGCCAGAGAAACCAAAGGUUGACUUGGGUGCUGUUCGCGAUAUCACGGUCCGAGCAGGAGAAGAUUUCUCUGUACUGAUACCUUACACAGCCUUCCCAACGCCGACUGCGAACUGGUUCCUGCGUGAAGUUAUUUUGGAUACUCACGAUGAUAGAGUUCAUCGCCAGAUUACGGAUGAUUUCGUGAGCAUCGUGGUGACCAACGCAAAACGCGCAGAUUCCGGUCCGUACAAGCUGACUCUGAGAAACGCUGCUGGAGCGGAAACAGUGACAUUUAACGUCAGGGUACUGGACAGACCAGGACCACCGGAAAGAUUACGAGCAGAGGACUUCCAAGGAGAGUCUCUAACACUUGUUUGGCACCCUCCAGUUGACAAUGGAGGUGGCGGUAUCUCCAACUAUGUGAUUGAGAAGCGUGAAGUAAACCACAAGGAAUGGUCCAAGGUAAGCACAUACGCUAUCCCAACAAGCAUCCGUGUCAGGAAUCUCAUAGUGAACAGGGAGUAUGAAUUCCGUGUAAUGGCGGAGAACCAAUAUGGAACAUCCGAUCCAUGCUUCACGGUUGAGCCGAUUAAGGCCAAGUACCCAUUCGAUCCACCAGGACCUCCGGGAAUACCAUUCUCCAUCGAUUCUUCAGAGGAUUCGGUGACCCUAUCUUGGAAUAGACCUCGUACAGACGGAGGCUCUCCAAUUCAAGGGUAUAUAAUUGAGAAACGCAACGCGAAUACUGGAGAGCCGUUCACCCGGGCGAAUCACGCUCUCUGUUCGGAGACCACGUACAGGGUGAUCAACCUAUCCGUGGACCAUGAAUACGAGUUCCGCGUGUGUGCUGUGAACGCUGCCGGUACUGGAGCUUACAGCGGAAACUCUGGCAUAAUCCGAUGCCAAGCCCCUCCUUCUGCUCCGAAGAUCACCAGCGAUUUGAGCAUUCGCGACAUGACAAUACUCGCCGGCGAGGAGUUCACGAUCUCAGUUCCAUUCACAGCAUCGCCGAAACCUCACUUGAGCUGGAUGUUGGACGGUUCGGAAGUAAUCGCGGAUGAACGGAUUCGUUCCGAUAUUCCUUCACCCGGCACCAUUGCUGUGUUUUACAAUAAACACGCUACUCGCACUGAUUCGGGCAAAUAUACGAUCACAUUGACAAAUAAGCACGGGUCGGAUUCGGCAUCUUGUCGGGUGACAGUCGUCGAUAAACCGUCGGCACCACAAGGUCCAUUGGAGAUCGGUGAUAUUACACCAGAGACUUGUUCACUUUCUUGGAAAUCACCCUUGGAUGAUGGUGGAUCGCCGAUUACGAACUAUGUCGUUGAGCGCCUGGAUCCUUCGUCAGGCUUGUGGGGACGGAUCAGCAGUUUCGCAAGGAACUGUCAUUAUGACGUCAUGGGUUUGGAAAACAACAAGAAAUACAGUUUCAGAAUCCGCGCGGAAAAUCAAUACGGCGUCGGACCUCCGCUGGAAUCCGAUUUCCCGAUUGUGGCGAAGUAUCCGUUUACCGUUCCCGAUGCUCCGGGUCGACCUCGCAUUGCGGACUCCGACCAAAGUUCGGUCACACUCUCUUGGGAACGACCUCUCAGCGACGGAGGAUCACGCAUUCAAGGUUAUAGGCUUGAAUAUAGGGAUAUCAUGGAAGGCGGAGACUGGCGUGUGUGCACUGAAUAUCUGGUGAAAGAAACGCGGUUCUCGAUGUUCAGUCUGAUCUCGAAGCACGAGUACGAAUUCCGCGUCAAGGCCAAGAACGCAGCUGGAUUGUCGAAGCCGUCUCCAUCCUCUGCGCAAUUCAAGGCCCGUGGAGCAGUGUCACCUCCGCGUCCUCCGAGCACUCCGGUUGUUGUCGGCGUGUUCAAGACUUCCGUCGAUUUGGAAUGGAGCCCACCGGCCCAUGAUGGCGGCAGCAAGAUCACGGGUUACAUAGUGGAACGAAGACGGGUUGGAUCCGCAGGCUGGACUCGGGCGAACGAGUACAACGUCACCGAAUGUCGGUUCUCCGCUGUGGGAUUGAUGGAGAACGCGGAUUACGAAUUCCGCGUCUUCGCUGUCAAUUCUGCUGGCAAGAGCGAGGCCAGUUUGUGUUCGACACCCGUUCGCGUCUGCGAGGUUCAAGGUGGAGAGAAGCCAGAAUUCGUCAAACCAUUGUUCAAUGCUGGCGGAGGACUGCAUAAAUCUGUUACCCUGGAAUGCGUCGCUGUUGGCAAGCCUGAACCGACUGCCCGGUGGCUGAAAAAUGGACGCGAAGUGUCAGCUUCGGUCCGGAUUACGAUGGACUCGAAAUCCGGUACUUUCCGUCUCACGAUUCACGAUCUUCUGGACGGAGAUGAAGGGGAAUACACUUGUGAAGCGUUCAAUGCCAUGGGCAGUGUUCACACGAGUUGCAAACUGAAAAUUGGACAGCCUCCAAGGAUCGACCGACUUCCGGACGAUUUAUAUUUGCCGGAAGGAGACAAUACCAAAAUAAAGGUCAUGUUCAGUGGGGAUCAGCCGAUGGAUGUGUUCUUGCUGAAGGAUAAUGUUGAAGUCAGCGAGACAGUUCGGCUCAAGUACACUGUUUUCGAUGAAUACAUGCUCAUCUUCAUCAAGGAAAUCGUCAAGACAGACGCUGGCAAUUACACCGUCCGUUUGCGCAAUGAUUCCGGGGAUGUAUCUGCGUCAUUCAUUGUGUACAUCACAGGAAUGCCUGGUCCUCCCGUGGGGCCUUUGGAGGUGUCCGAUAUCGACAGGCACACAUGCACGCUGCACUGGAAACCACCGAUUUACGACGGGGGAGUUCGCAUCACUCAUUACGUCGUUGAACGUCGUGAUGUGUCUUUUGAACACUGGGUGGUUGUGCACUCGUUCUGCAAAGAGACGACAAGCAUAGUUCAAGGAUUAACUGAGAACCAGGAAUAUUUGUUCCGGGUUAUGGCUGUCAACGAA